AGUGCGGCGGGACAGCCAAUUAAAUAGACCGAGCUUAUCAAACUCGCAGCGGAUUGGCAAACACACACAUUUCUUUUUAUUUUUUCCUCGCCCUGACCUUAAAUAGGAGUUGGCAGGUAGACAAGAAAUUGCAACUCGUCUCGCUUUCCCUGAAGGGCGCAUCACAAGUUGAGCCGCGCGCACAUAUUUUAGCGUUUGGAUACAUCUAACAACGUCACAAUGUCAGCCUUUAAUUGCUCUUUCAACCUGCUGAGGGCUGCGAUGAGACACCAGAUCAUCCCUAAAGUCAACAUUUCAGCCAAACCAGCCAAACAUGUGCUGUCCUUUGGGGAGCAAUUAAUUGCAAUGGGGACCUUUUUCGUGACCAUCCUGGGCCCCUCUGGAUGGAUCCUGUCACAUUUGGAGAACUACAAGAACCGUCCUGUUGCAGACCAAGAAUAAAUGUCUCUCUGUUUUGAGCAUUCCUCCUUACGAAGCCUAGUUCACCAUUGAAUGUUUAAAUAAAUGAUUGUACUUGAACGCCUCAACAGGUGGCACCUGCUCUGCAUCGAUUAAACUAUAUAAAAAUGUU